GCGCCGUCCGCGGCGGGUCCCGCCCGGGUAGGCGGCGGCGGGGUAAAGGGGAGGAGAGGCGGCGGAGUGUAUUUUGCUUCCCGAGGAAUCAAACCCGGGGAGAGAGAGGAAAGUGCAGAGGAAGGGAGGGAAAGACGGGCCGGGCUAGGGAGGGUCCGGGUCCCGGUCCCGCCCGCCUCGUAGCGCCCGCGUUAUCUCCGCGCUGGGACCGCGGUAGAGUCGCUUAGGGCGGCCGUCAGCCGCCGGCCCUGCACCCAUGUGCUCCCGGCAACUGCAGAGGGCAACCCCCGCGUACGGCGUAUCAGAAUCUUUGACACUUCAUGAUGGGAGGAAACGUCCCCUCGGCUGUUAGGAUCCAAUCUUCUCCCAGUGCGAGGAUUUGUCAAGGCUGAGAGACUCCGGAUUAUCCAUAACCCUCCCCUGAAAGACACAGCUGCUUCUCUGUUGCCCUCUGGAGAGGUCUCUUGGAGCAGAUACAGAGAUGGCCUCCAGCCUCACCUGUGCUGGUAUCAUCUGGGCUUUCCUCUCCUUCCUCUGCGCUGCUGCCUCCUGUGUGGGCUUCUUCAUGCCCUACUGGCUCUUGGGGUCUCAGCUGGAGAAGUCGGUUUCCUUUGGCACUUUCCGGAGGUGCUCGUACCCGGUGCGGGACGAGAGCCGCCAGGUGACCGUGAUGGUGGAGCAGUGUGGCCGCUACGCCUCCUUUCAGGCCAUCCCGAGUGCGGAGUGGAGGAUCUGCACGGUGGUGACGGGGCUGGGCUGUGGCCUGCUCCUCUUGGUGGCCCUGACGGCGCUCAUGGGCUGCUGCGUGUCUGAGCUCAUCUCCAGGACUGUGGGCAGGGUGGCAGGAGGCAUCCAGUUCCUGGGGGGUUUGUUGAUUGGCUCUGGUUGUGCCCUUUAUCCUCUUGGCUGGGACAGUGAAGAAGUCAGACAAACCUGUGGCAACCUUUCCAACCAGUUUGAAUUGGGGACCUGCCACAUCGGCUGGGCCUACUACUGCACGGGCGGGGGCGCGGCGGCGGCCAUGCUGGUGUGCACCUGGCUGGCCUGCUUCUCGGGCAAGAAGCAGAAGCAGUACCCCUACUGAGGCGCCCUGGGGCACGGCCGCUGCCAGACCCCCAGGGGCCUGCCGGCUCUCUGGACAGCCACAACGGACGAGACAUUUUUCAGUGCUUUCUCUCUGGAGCAGGUGUGGGGAGGGACAGCGGGUGGCUCCUGGGAACAGCAGCGCAGAGCCACCCGGCUGGGCUGGACGGAGCCUGGCGUUCCUACCCACGCCUGCUCGUGGUCUGCUCCGCGGGAAUGCAAGCAAGGAAAACUCCCCUUUGGCAGUGGUGAAAGUUGUGUGCACUGAUGAACUGAGGGGCUGGUGAGGGGAUGGCAGUGCCAAGGGUCUGGGUGGUGCCCAGCAGCCCCUCAGCACAGUGCUGCUGAAAGCACACAUGCACGCACAGGCGGUGACCGUGGCACAAAACGAGAGGAAACUUUUUCCGGUGCGACCCUUCUUUACCUUCUUCCUUUUCUUUCUCU